GUUGUCCGUCCUUACAGCAAGCAACCAACCGAAUCACAAACACCUUCCUUCCUUCCAUUCACAUCAUCCAAUUCCAAUUCCCCCCUCCUAUCAUAUCAAAUGAAAUGGAAACAAAUCAUACCUAUUUCGUAGACGAAAUCAUCCUCGAAAUCCUAGCAAGAUUACCCAUCAAAUCCCUCAUCAGAACCAAGUGCGUUUGCAAACUCUGGUACAAUUUAGCCUCCCACAAAUCUUUCACCCAACUCUACAAUCAUCUCUCUCUCAAAAACGCCAUGCUUCUUCUUCAAGUCACCGAUUCAUCUACAGACUCCACUUCCAGUAUGAUCCUCCUUAUCGAUCACAAAAGGGGCGUUUCAGAAUCCUCUUUGGAUUUCAUCAAAGACAGAGUCAAAAUUAGGGCUUCUUGCAAUGGCCUAUUAUGUUGUUCAAGUGUCCCUGAUAAGGGUGUUUAUUAUGUUUGUAAUCCCAUGACCAGGGAGUUUAAGUUGCUUCCCAGGAGUCGGGAAAGACCCGUUACUCGCUUUUAUCCCGACGGUGAAGCCACCCUUGUGGGUCUAACAUGUGAUUUGUUGAGUAACAGAUAUAACGUUGUUUUGGCUGGUUAUCAUAGGAUGUUUGGACAUAGGCCUGAGGGGAAGCUUAUAUGUUCCGUUUAUGACUCGGGGACCAACAAGUGGCGCAAGUAUGUAUCCGAUCAGGAUGAUCAUGGCUUUACUCAUAUGAACCGAAACCAAGUUGUGUUUGUGAAUGGUUCGCUUCAUUGGAUGACGCAGAGUUUUGCCUAUAUUCUUGUUCUUGAUUUGAGCCUGGAUUCGUGGAGAAGGAUACUGUUGCCGGAGGAAAUGGGAUGUGGGAAUGGUAGCGGGAAUCGGGUUUACUUGCUGGAGUUUGAUGGGAAGCUUUCAGUUAUUCAGAUAUCGAGUGUUUGGAUGAACAUAUGGGUGUUGCAAGAUUACGGAAAGGGGAAAUGGGAUUUGAUUGACCGGGUGAGUUUGCGAUGUAUUCGUGGAAUGGUUCCUGGGAUUUUUCCGAUAAGUCAAGGGGGCGAUUACGUGUUUCUUGCUGGACAUAAGCAGGUUUUGGUUUAUCAGAGGAAAACAAGAAGUUGGAAGGAAAUGUAUUCCGUGAAAAACAACUCUACGAUGCCCUUGUGGUUCUCUGCACAUUCCUUCCGUGGCACCAUCUUUUCGUGUCGUUAAGGUGUGUUAUGACUCUCUUGCUUACAGUUUAUGCUGCUUUUUAUGAUAAAUAGUAAGUGGACUUUGUUUGUUUGUAAGUUGAAGAAAAUGUUUACUUUUGUAAGUAAGUUAUUUGUAUUGGACUACUACUUGUUUAAAUCUCUCUUCACUUCAGAAGAGAUGCGCCCAACUCCAAGUAUGUUCGAUUUUUAUCGAUAUAUGAUUCAGUCUAAAAUAGUGAUGUAGUCAA